AUGCUUAUUGAUAACACCAGCCAAAAUACCAGAGCCACAUUAGGAUCUGUGAAUACAGAUGAGCCUUUUGUUUUCGAACCACCUAAGCACAUUCAUUAUCAGCCUUUGAGAAUUGGAACUGUGGGAAGGAAAACCAAGCUUGAAGAGAUAUUAGAUAAUAUUAAAUUAUCGUUUGAGCAAUAUAUCUGGUACACUGAUGUAUCAAAGGUGGAAUCAUUGAGACCUAUGGAUAGCAAACAGUUUUGUUUCAAGCUCAAGUUCUACAAGAAGGAUGGCAAUUUCAAGAUACCUUAAAAGGAAUUCGACUUUACUUGCAAGGAUAGCGAGGCAUUCUUCACAGUUUAGCAUGUGAUUUAAAGAUAGAUGCCGUUGAACUGGCAAUAAUUCUUCGAGAAAAAUAUUGAUAUCUAAGCCAAUGAUUGCUAUCAAUUUCACGCUUACUUGCUUAAAACUAACAGAUUCGGUUCAGCUCAGCCCAGAUUCAUCAUGCUUACUUCUUUUUGGAUGAUCAAUGCUAAAGCAUCUUUUGAUAAGACAAAUGGAGAAGUUAAAUUCGAAAAAAUGAAAUGGAAGAUUCCAAUUGAAGCAGUGAUUAGAGUGCAAAUUAAGGAGAGUCAGUAGAAAUACAAUGUGAAGAUAUACAGUGAAUUUGAAAGAUAAAACAAAGUGCUUGUGGAAAAUAAUCUUAAAAAGAUCAAGAAAACUGAAAGGGAUUUCACCUUUAAUGAUAUCACCACUUGCAGAGAUUUCAUUUUCCAUCUCAAGAGAAUCUAUCAUUUGCAUAACUGCUGUGGAGUUGAUAACAAGACUCCUCCACUUCUAGUUGAAAUAAAGUGA